AUGGAUCAACGGAAUCAAAAUAAUAGAUAUCCAAAAAAUACAAGAUUAUUUCAAAAUACACAAUAUCAGUAUUCAAAUCCAUUCCCAUCAUAUAAUCAACAUGAUUAUCAUCCAUUAUCAUCGAUAGAUACGAAGUCUGAUUUAACAGAAUCCUUAUCGACAUUUUAUGAUAUACAAUCAGUAGAACCUUCAAGAUAUAUCCCAGCAGAUCUAACUCAACUUCCAUCCAUAAAUAAUAUCAAUCCGACAGAUACUUCUCAUGUCCGAGCUGAUAUUCAGAAACGCAUUAGUGAUAUUGAUCGAAAUUUAACUUCUCUUGAACAAAAAUCUGCAAUAAUACAUGAUGUACCAACUCAUUUUCCUCCUAUUAUAAAACAAAAUAUUCAACAGACAAUAACAACACAAAAAUAUGAGAAUUAUAUUUGGCCUGAUAAACCAAAACGAGUUUAUGAAGUUCGGCCUAGUUUAAAAAUAAAUUCUGCAGAAGCAUCAGCUGUUGAUGUUCCACCUGAACAAACUAAAAUAAAUGAAAAUCAAUCAUUAGAAAUAAUGAAAACAAAUAUUUCAUCAUCAAAUCUUCCAUUACAUAGUGAAUAUGAUUAUGAAUUAGAUACUGAGGAUCUUUUAGAUGAUUCAAAAAGUAGUGAUCAAUUUCUUCUUGACCUACCUAUUGAAUCUCAAACUUAUACCAUAAAUUUUGAUUCGAAAUGCAACGAUAAUGAUUUAAUAUUACCAAAUGAAGAUACUGAAUCACUUCUUCAAGCAGUAUUUGAAAUGCAAUUAGAAGCUGAACUUAAUUUACAAAUUGCUUCUCAUGAUAUAAUCCUUCCAGUUACGUCCAACAAGAAAUCUUCUUCUUCACAAUCAGCAACAAAUAAGUCUACAACUAUCAAUUCUUUUCUUAAAGAUAAUGAUCUUAAUAGUCUUGCGACAUAUUUAUUUGGUGAUUCUGAAAAUGAAGAAGAUUUCUUUAUAGAUAUUGAUGAAAAUAAUUUUAUUAUAUCAACUAAUGUAGAUAUCAUUAUUAAUACUGACAGUAAUUGUAUGUCAAUGAAACAAUUUCAAACAUCAUCAGUAAUUUCAGUUUCAACAAACGUGUUAGAAGAACAACAAAAUCUUACUUCAGAAAUACCAUCAACGAUAAAGAGAAACAAUCAGCGUGUAAAAGCAGCAGCAGCAGCAGAAGAAGAAGAAGAAAAAGAAGAAGAAGAAAUAAAAAGAAAAAAAAUCAGUGUUAUAAAGAAACCUAUCGCAACUGCUACUUCAAUUUUACCGUCGCCAUCGUCAUCGUCACUGAAGCAAGUGUUACCUUCUUCUAUUAUCGACAGCGUGCAAACGCAAUUUAGUCUUAAUAAUAAUAAUAGAAAGAACAACAAUUAUUAUCGAAAACCAUCAAAUACAAUAUUAAACAUAGAUGCAUUUUAUUCAAGUAUAGAAGAAGAACAAAAGAAACUUUCAAAUAAUUCGAAAAUUUCUCCUUAUUCGUCUUCAUCAUUAAUACUUCAAAUACAUUUUCCUAUGCCAGCAGAAAUACCUAAUACAAGUGAUGAAGAAAUUGAGCAAAAUAAUGAAGAAAUGCGUAGUAUAUCAUCAACAAGUCGGAAUUCAGAAAAAGAUAUCGAUAAUGAAGAUAAUCAAACACCGGAAAGACUUGAUUCAGCUGAUCACAGAGUUCAAUCAUCAUCAUCAUCACGGUCUAGUUCAUCAAGUAAAACAUCAUCAAAAGGUAAUCAUAGAGAAAGUGUAACUACUCGAAAAUCAAUCUCUCGUCAGAAAUCGCAGCUUAAAAGUGAACACUCUCAUUCAAGUCGACAAAGACAUUCAUCUUCAAGUUCUUCUUCUACUAAUCAUGAUGUAGAACAUAUACAUAAAACACCAGUCGAUGAUAAUGAAGAUUCGCCAGAUAAUAAAUCCGAAACAUCACGUGAUAAUAAUCAACGAUCACCAAGUGAUCAUUCAAUAUCUCAACUUAGUAGAUCAGGUUUAAGUUCAUCAACAGGUUCAGCAGUUCCUGUUGAUCUUGAUGCAUCGGAUAUGGAAGAAGAUGAACCAUCAAAAUUAAAAACAAAAUCACCAAAGAAAAAGAGUUCUGCUUCUUCCACUACUAAAUCACAACAUCAUCACGAUAAAUCUCCUACACCAACUGAUAAAACAAACAAUACAAAACAUUUGCAAAUGUCGCCAACUCAAAAAUUAAAUAGAGAAGUAUCUGAUUUGAAACGUAAAGAAUCUAUUCGAUCAGUUCAUAACGUACCAGUAGAAAAAUUACAAAAUAACGUAUUACAAAUGAAAGAACCUUUACAUAAACCUUCCACUGAUACACAUCAUAAUUCAUCACAAGACGCUGAAGUUAAAUCUAAAAAUGAUCCAUUGCCAUCAAAUCAUAAACAAGAAGAUACACCUUCAACAUCAAAGAAUAAACAUCAUCAACCUAUAUUAGAUAGAAAUGCUUCAAUCACUUCACCGACACAUCAUAAAGAUGUAAUACAUUCGACUUCUUCAACAGUUCCAUCUACACAUGAACAUGAACAACAAGAACAAAAACCAAAAGAACAAUUAUUAACUGUAACAAUAUCAAUUAAUGAAACAAAAAAUCAUUCACCUGAAAAUUUAGGUAGUAAAGUCGGACAUCACGAUACACAUUCAUCACCAACUCCUUCAAAUCAUACGUCUACUAAAGGUGUUGAUCUUUCACCGAAAAAUUUACAGAAUGAAAGAAGUACUUCUUCCACUCAUAAUGAUCAUCCUGAAAAGCAAACAUUAAAAUUACCAUCAACACAACCAACAUUUGCUACUGAAAUUCAAAGACAUCCAUCAAUGGAAAAGUCAGAUACAUCAUUACAUUCUGAAUCUUUACAAGAUAUCGAUCCACAACCUCGUUCCACACCAAUUCCUGAUACUAAAUAUCAUUCAUCUUCAUCAUCAAUACAAAAUGAAGAAGAAUUACCAUCAAAUCAACAACAUAAAGAACGAAGACAUUCGAUCAAAAACCAUCCAGCACCAUUACCAAACAUUGUUCCGAGAAAUAUAAGUCCAAUCAAUAAUGAUGAAAUUCAUUUUGAACAAGAUCAACAUCAUCGAAGAGUAUCAUUUUCUGGUAGUACAGAAUAUGCUCAUGUAGAAGAAGAAGAAGAACAACGACAUAAUGAAGCUAAUUGGCGUGAACGUGUUGCUUCUAUUUUAGCAAGCAAACAUAAUCCAAAUGAAAAAUAUGCUUAUGUACAAGCACGAGUGAAUUCAUUUGAAAAUUUUGAAUAUCAUCCAAGAAAAUUUCCUAUUGUUACUAAGAAAAAACCCCAUUCGAAAACUAAAGACUCAAAAGUUCCAAGAGAAAUCUAUGUAUAUGAACAAAUUGGUGAUGAACAACAAAUUCAUCCUGCUAAAAAUCUACCAGCACAAAUGUUUGGACGACUUAUGUUUCUAUCUGAUGGAAGUCCAACAAUUUUUCAUGAACCACUCGAAUGGAAUGCUCAAUCAAAACUUAAAGAUUAUGUACAUGAAAAUAUUCAUUAUACACCACGUCAACAUGAAAUUAAAGUUCAUAGAAAACCUCGAUGGAAUAGUGAAUCAAGAUUAUCAGAAUUUGGUAAAGAAUCUCCACGUUUUGGCCAGACACAAGCUCUUGUUCCAGCUAAUUCAUUACCUAUUAUAACAGAUGCGGAUGAAUCCUAUUUUUAUCAACAACAAUUUAAUACAAGAUUAGAAACGAAUUAUCCCAAUAAUAUAUCUUAUGAUACUUUUGAUGAAAAACCGAGAUGGACUAAAAAAUCAAAAAUACCAGAUCAAAAUACAAAUCCUAAGCCAAAGGAAUCUGAAGUUCAAAAUUUUCCUAGACCAACUCCAUGGAAUGAUGAAUCGAAAUUUGAAAUACGUUUACCAUUAAAAGUUAAUCCAUCACGGACAACAUUAAAUAAUGGUCAAAUUUUUAAUGAAAAAUUAAAUUGGAAUGCAAAAUCAAAAGUACAUUGUUGGUCAGAAAGUGAUCUUCGUCAAAUAGGAAAAAAGAAAUCAAAUUUCGCACAAUAUCAAACUCCAAAACGAAAGAAUCCUAUGAUGACAAGUAUCAAUGAAACGCGUCCAAAAAUGACUUCUAAUCAACCCACGAAGAAACGAGAUUCAAAUUUAAACGAUUUUCUUUGGGAAAAUGAUAAUAAUAAACCUCAUCGUCGAAUUCGUAAGAGUCCAGCAAAUAAACCAAAAUGGAAUGAAGUAAGCAAAACACGUAGUAUUAAUACAGUUUACAAUCCAAAAGCAAAACAUGCAGAUACAAUUCAUCGAGGACGAGAUAGAGAAGUACGUCGGAAACGUGUUGAUAAAUUACCACCAUUAAAACGAAAAAGAGAACAUGAACAAAUACCACAAUUACCACCACCUGCAACUCAUUUAGCUAUUGAUUAUGAUUAUGAUCCUUCUCCAAUAGCACAAGGACAUACGAGUAGAAGUGAAUAUGCUAAAACAUCUUCAAGACGAUCGAGUAGAGCACUUGUCCCACUAAAUCAUCACCAACGUUUUCCUGAUCUUGAAUUACCAAGUGAUACACCUCGUUCACAUCGACCUAUACAGCAGGAAUGGUAUGAUGACAUGAAUAAAUCUCGUCUAACUCAUAGAAUGGAUACUGAAGGUGGAAGUACAAACCAUUCAUUUGUACAUUCAAUUACUCCUAUUCAUCAACCAAAUACACCAAGAGAAUUAAUACCAUAUCGUUCAACUCCACGAAUUAGUGAAAAUAGUUUUGCAAGUGGAACAUUACUUGAUUCAAGUAUUCGAACAAAUCGAGCAACUGAAAUACGUCUUUCAAGAGAUAUGGAUGCUCAUCAUCAACAUUGUCAUGAUGUAAGUCAAUCGAUGCCACUUGAAAUACGUGGUUUUGAACUUGCAGGUACACAAUGUACUGUACCUGUUGAUGCAACAAUUCGUCCAUUAUCAAAUGUUAAUUAUCGCACAAGUGAACGAGUGAAAAAUCAUCGUUUAUAUCCAUGGAGUAUGUUACAUGGAACAUCAAGUCGAAAUAGUUCACUAGUACCUAUUGCAGAAUUUCGGCGUACAUCACUUGAUACAACUAUAACUGAAACUCAUCAAUCAUAA